UAAAAAUCUACGCACGUAGAAGACCUGAGUGUGUGUAGGCCUUGAAACUUUGUAACUAUUUCAAACGGACUUCCGUUCAACACAUCAUGGGAGACACAAAGACAACAAAGCUAGAAACAACAAAGGGUGAAAUGACAGAAAUGCAGACCGAGCAAAAAAGUCCACAGGCAGCCACUAAGAGGCCUCGGUACAAAAACACUGUACACUUGUGGGAGUUCUUGCUGGAGUUACUUGCAGACGAACGAUAUUCCUCCAUGAUAGCUUGGAGUAGAAAGGAUUAUGGAGAAUUUAAGCUUAAAAACCAAGAAGAAGUUGCAAGAAGAUGGGGUAUUGUAAAGCACAGAGCGGGAAUGAACUAUGAAAAGCUUAGUCGAGCUAUAAGAUAUUAUUAUCAUCAGGGAAUCAUCCAAAAGGUAAGAA